AUGCUCCUUUUCUGGAUUUUUUCAUUAGUAAAGGCUGAACUUCCUGAUGAUUCCCUAGGGGAGCAUGUAUCAUUCUCGUCAACUGGUGCACAUCCAAUAGCUAUGAUUAUAAUGUUUUUAUCAUUAGCUUUAUUAUUAGGCUUCUACGGAUAUCAUUUACGACGAAUUAUGAAAGAAAUUACAACUGUAUCUCCAAUGUUUGAUAUUGCAGAAACAGAAACAAAGAUGGAAUUUACUAUUGCCGAACGUGGUACAGAAGAGAAAUAA